AUGGAGUCGUGUACAGCUGUGGAAAGGGAACUGGAUAAAGUUUUGGCAAAAUUUAAUGGUUUAAAGGACCACAGUAAUAACACUUUGGAUGAAUUAGUAUCUUCUCUACACAGUAUAGGAAAUGAACUACAAUCAGAACAUGAUUUAACACCAACACAAACAGAAAUAUUAACACAAACAUUAAAGCGUGUCAGAGAAUCAGUUCAAAGAUUAAGCACAGAACAUAAAGAUCUUCAUGGUUCAGUCUCUAAAGUUGGUAGAUCUGUGGACAGGAAUUUCAUUUCUGACUUUACAGCAGUUACUCCUGAUACUUUUGAAAAUGAGAAAAAUAAUAAUUUAUUGAAUGAAGUCAUUUGUGAACACUUUUUGAGGCAAGGAAUGCUUGAUAUAGCAGAGGCCUUAACUGAGGAUGCAAGGUUAGAAGUUGAUAGUUCAAGAAAGGCACCAUUCUUAGAAUUACAUAGAAUUUUGGAGGCUUUGAAAUGCAGAGACCUUGGACCAGCAUUGGAAUGGGCAUAUGUGAACAGGGAAAUUUUGUUGGCUCAGAGGAGUUCAUUGGAAUUCAAAUUACACAGAUUACAUUUUAUAGAGCUGUUAAAACAAGGCACAUGUAGACAGAGAGAGGCUUUAUUAUAUUCGAAAAAUUUCUCCAUGUUUGGAGCUCAGCAUGCUAGAGAAUUACAAGUACUCAUGGGUAGCUUGCUAUACCUACCACAAGGAAUUGAAAACUCCCCAUACAUAUCACUACUAGAGCCAAUUUAUUGGGAAGAAAUCUGUGAUGUGUUUACAAGAGAUGCUUGUGCCUUGAUGGGAUUAUCAGUUGAAAGUCCACUCAGUGUUGGUAUUCGCGCAGGAUGUAAAGCACUACCACCAUUAUUGAGUAUUAAACAGGUUAUGUUACAGAGACAAGUACCAUCUGUUUGGAGCAGUAAGGAUGAAUUACCGGUUGAAAUUGAUCUUGGAAAAGAGUAUCAUUACCACUCUAUAUUUGCCUGUCCUAUAUUACGACAACAGAGUAAUGAAAAUAAUCCCCCAAUGAGACUGGUUUGUGGACAUGUAAUAUCAAAAGAUGCUCUAAAUAAAUUAUCCAGUUCCAAUAAGGUUAAAUGUCCUUUGUGUCCUGUAGAACAGAUAUCAUCAGAAGCUGUACAGAUUUAUUUCUAA